AUGUGAGCAAGCGGUUGACGGAAAUAAUGCUUUCACGGAUCUUAGUACCGGUGCUAGCGGCAAUUCCGUUUUUUGUUUAUCCAGUUUUCUGUGCGCCAAAAUGUAAUGACAGUGACCUCAAGUGGUGCAUGGAAGAGCUAAAAGUUCUUACAAGCAAUCAAGAUCUAGCUUUUGCAUAUACAGAAGAAGAACUAAGCAAAACCUGCGGACACCUGCAGGGUGCGAUGCAAUGCGUGAACAACUUCACCAGCCGAUGUUUUGAUGAUACGCAGCGGGAACUUUACCGAACCUUGACCAACGGUGCUCAACAACUCUUAUCCGACUUGUGCACGCAAGAUUCAGAGAUCAGAAGACAAUACUUGGUUCACGCUGGUUGCUAUAGGAACCUCAGUGCAGAUUACAGAAAAUGCGCAGACGAUUAUUUACACCAACAAGAAUCUACAAAAAAGUCAGAUCUCUCAGUCAAAGAAAGACUACGGAAAUCCUGCUGCCUUUUUGAUGGCUACAAGGAAUGCACUCGUGAAGCGGUGCUGUCCAAGUGCAGCACGGAGGCCGCAGAUUUGGGAGAGCUGAUAGUCACGAAGGCUGGAGGACCCUUAGUGCAAACCCACUGCGCCAACUUCAAGCACAAGUCCCCGGAUUGCGAAUUCGCCACAACAUCGGCAGCAUCUUCACACAGAUAUUCUUCAGUUUUAACGAGAUUGGUCGCGGCGCUUUUAGUCUUUUACAUUCUCCUGAAGUCGCAGAACAAUCGAUAAUGUCUAAAGCAAGCAUUCUUUUGACAAUGUGAUUCCAUCAUUAAGACUUAGGGCAGGAGCAGAUCCAAUGGACUUUGUGCUCAGAAUCGCAAGGUUUGGAAUUGCGAGUGUCUUGCUCUGGUGCUAUCCGAACUGAGAGUGGACUGAACUCACUUUAAAAGCCGAAUAAAUAUACAAGUAACCAAAAAUUUGUCGUCGACAAUGUUUGAUUUAUGUAUUUUUUUUUUUUUUUUUUACAGAAUAGUAAGGUUUUGUAUCGGAAGAGCUUUGAAACUGAAGAUAAUCAUUUGUUUUCUUUGAAUAAUAUGCUUAGUAUCAUUAAAACAACCCUUUUUGUCGAGUAUCUUCUGGUCAAUAUCUCGCUAUUUGAAGACAAGGUGAAGCUGUUAGUGACUUGUAUGCAUUUGCAUAUACGUUAAUUUUUAAAAGAAAUACAUGAGUUUUUAUUUGUAUAUCUUAUGUAAAUAGCUUUGGAUUUAUUUUUGGAACAUAUUUAUAUUGUUUGAAAACUAGGUACAUUUUUUUUUUAAAGAGAAACAUUCUGUAAAUACUUGAAAAACAUAUAUCUUUAAAUUUAGGACUUAUUUUAGCUCACUCGUAAGGUUUAUAAAGUCAAAACUGUAUUUUUUACUUUGUUUAAUUCGAUUUUAACAUUCCCUACAGUAUAUUGUAGCGAUUUCUUUAAGUUGAAAUGAGCUUUGUGAUUAACUAUGAUGCAGCAUGUAUCAAACUAUUUUUUACUGCCAUUGAAUGCCCCAAUUAAUGUACUUAAUACUUCGUUUUUUUCUUAAAUAGGAUAUACUUCUAAAUUAAGAAACUAUUUUAGUUAAUUGAACGAUUCUUAAAAUUCAAAUUUCAUUGUCUCUUUUUUUUUAAAAAAUAAACUUUUUCCACUUUUUAAGAUUUUUUUUACUUUAAUGAGUUUGUGAACUUGUUUGAUGCAGCAUAUCUCAAGCAUGCCGUAUUUAAAUGCAUCAAUUUAAGCAUUGGAAACAAUUUCUGAACCUUUGAAAUAAGUAUACAUAUAAACUCUAAAUUUAUUUCAGUAAGCUAAGAAAACUAGCUUUGUGUUCCUCUUCAAUGUAUGUAACUUUUGAACAUUUUGCAUUUUUCCGCCUGAAGUUAAAAUGAGAUUGUGGAUGACCAUAAAAGCCAAGUUAUAUUUCAAUAGCAUAAACUUAUAUAGUACUUUCAAAGUAUCAUUUGUGGCAGUGAGAAGCAAUGGGAUGUAAGUGGACAUUUUUAAGUGUUGAGAAAAACGCAUUUGAAAUUCCUAUCCUAGGUAGGCUUUCAAUAUUUUUUUUUUCUAAAUUUUGCUGUAUAAUAGCAAAAUUUAGUUACUAGUACCAUCCCUUGCCCCAAAGCAGAUGAGAAUUUCUUCUCUUAUUUGUACUGGUUAUCUCCAAAAUUGUAAUUUUGACAUUUUCCAUCCUUUCCUUCUCACUGCCUCAUUUAUCCCACACUUAUAAAAUGUGAAUUAUUUGUAAACUGUUCCAUAAAAUGUCUGCGAUAUACUUUUCUACAUUUUACAAAAACAACCACAUCAAAUCGUUGCUUCAGCAGAAAGUUAUUGUCCUAUUGUUAUUUUCGGGAUGGCUACAAAAUCAACAAAAUAUAGUGUGAAAGUAAUAUGAAUUGUUGAUUGGCCGAACACCACACUAUAGACCAUAGAGUUUGUAAUUUUAAAAGCACAUGUUAGAAACUUUAAGUUAUGUUGUCUUUGAUGAGAACAGAAGGAUUUGUUGUAAUUGGAAAGUUUUUAAUCCUGUAUGAAAUAAUUUAUAAUAAAAGAUUUUUCUUUUA